UCAGUAAAUUCAGGAACGUUGCAAACAUGUUUACGUUGCCUUGGUAAUUAACUCCGCUAAUUAAUUAAUUACACAGGUUGAUCAUUAGAAGUAUGAUAAAUAUAGUUUAUCAAUUUGCCUUCCUUCGAUAUAGCUCUCAUUAUUACAUUUUAUAAUUGCAUAAUUAGAAUACCAGAUGACAUUGCAGAUUAAAAGAUGGCUUGUAUCACCAUUUAUCAUCUUUUAAAUAUUACACAUCAUCAACAAUGUGACUCACGAGAGAUAUAACCCUGUGGUGAAUGGUUAAUCCAUAUUACUCCUUAAGGAGCAUAAAGUUGGUUUCCUGGUUUCUUUGGUGUACAUAUUCCUCCCUGGAGGGAUACCAGUUCAUUGCAGGGUAACUCAGUUUUAUCAGCUGAGUGAACAAUUUGGAAUGAAAUGUUUUACUCAUGGACAAAUUUGUUGUGAAUGACUGUGAAAUAUUUCUUCUGCAGAAUUUAUGAAAUGAUUUUAUAUUCUUAAUUGGAAAAAUUUACUACAGAGUUUGCAGUAUAUUUGGAUAUCAAGAAAGAUCACAUUAGUGGGAAAUAACUGGCACUCCAUCUGUUACUAUGACGAGAAUUCCAGUUGAUCCGAUCAACGCAACACCCUGUUUAUAAAAUCGAUGUGCAAGUGGCUGAGCAAUCCACAGACACGUGACCCCUUAAUGUAGUUCUCAGGGAGAUUCAGAAUGUGACAAGGCUGCCAGCCCUUUGAAAUACAGGUACAACUCAUUUUUUCCAGCUGAUUGGACUGGAGCAAUAUGAAGCAAAGUGUCUUGCUCAAGGAUACAAUGCACCACUAGGAAUCAAACUUAUGAGCUGAAUGCCCUAACCACUGAGCCAUGCACCUCCACGUCUUUGGAAAGAAUAGCAGAUGAAAUAUUUAAGAUAUAAAAACGGAAUGAUUAGAAAACAUCCAUGUAUUUUUGGGAAAUACGAAAAGCUAUGGAAAAUGAAUUGUGUAUGAAUGAGGUUAAAUGUACAGUAAAAACAAUGGAUUCUUCUGAUGAUAUAACAAAAAAGAAAGGUAAAACGUCCUACCACUGUGACAUCUGUGGUAAACUGUUCUCCCAAAAAUUUCACCUCACAACUCACAGACGUACUCACACAGGAGAAGAACCAUUUCACUGCGACAUCUGUGGUAAAUCGUUCUCUCAGAAAUGCAAUUUAACUACUCACAAACACAUCCAUACAGGAGAAAAACCAUAUCAGUGUGAUAUUUGUGGUACAUUUUUCUCUCAUAAUUCACGUUUAACUACUCAUAAACAUAUUCAUACAGGAGAGAAACCAUAUCACUGUGAUAUCUGUGGCAAGUCAUUCACUCAGAAAUGCAAUUUAACUUCUCACAAAAACAUUCAUACAGGAGAAAAACCAUAUCACUGUGACAUCUGUGGUAAAUUCUUCUCUUGUAAUGAAAACUUGAUUUAUCAUAAACGUGUUCAUUCUGGAGAAAAGCGAUACCACUGUGAUAUCUGUGGUAAGUUGUUCUCUCUUAAUGUGCACUUAACUAACCACAAACGCACUCAUACAAGAGAAAAACCAUAUCACUGUGAUAUCUGCGGUAAAACAUUCUCUGUAAUUGGCCAUGUAACUAAUCACAAACGAAUCCAUACUGGUGAAAAACCAUACCACUGUGAUAUCUGUAGUAAAUCAUUCUCUGAAAGAAGUAACUUAACAAGACAUGAACGCAUUCAUACAGGAGAGAAACCAUAUUACUGUGAUAUCUGCAAUAAAUCAUUCUCCGACAGAAGUGCCUUAACCAAACAUAAACAUAUUCAUACAGCCGAGAAACCGUAUCACUGUGAUAUCUGUGGUAAGACAUUCUCUGAAAAUAAUGGUUUAACAAAACACAAACGUAUUCAUACAGGAGAGAUGCCUUAUCAUUGUGAUAUCUGUAGUAAAUCAUUCUCUCAAAGUAAUUAUUUAACAAGACAUAAAUGCAUUCAUACAGGAGAGAAACCAUAUUACUGUGAUAUCUGCAAUAAAUCAUUCUCGCAAAGUAGUAACCUGGCUAAACACAAACAUAUUCAUACAGGAGAGAAACCGUAUCACUGUGAUAUUUGUAGUAAAUCAUUCUCGCAAAGUAGUAACCUGGCUACACACAAACGUAUUCAUACUGGUGAGAAGCCAUAUCACUGUGAUAUCUGUGGUCAGUCAUUCUCUGGUGACUUGACUAACCACAAACGUACUCAUACAGGAGAAAAACCAUAUCACUGUGAUAUCUGUGGUAAAUCAUUCCCUAGAAAUGAUGAUCUCUCUAAACAUAAACGUACUCACACAGGAGAAAAACCAUAUCACUGUGAUAUCUGUGGUAAAUCAUUCUCUGGUGACUUGACUAACCACAAACGCACUCAUACAGGAGAAAAACCAUAUCACUGCGAUAUCUGCGGUAAAACAUUCUCUGUAGUUGGCCAUGUAACUAAUCACAAACGAAUCCAUACUGGCGAAAAACCAUACCACUGUGAUAUCUGUAGUAAAUCAUUCUCUGAAAGAAGUAACUUAACAAGACAUGAACGCAUUCAUACAGGAGAGAAACCAUAUUACUGUGAUAUCUGCAAUAAAUCAUUCUCCGACAGAAGUGCCUUAACCAAACACAAACAUAUUCAUACAGGAGAGAAGCCAUACCACUGUGAUAUCUGUGGUAAGACAUUCUUUCAAAGUAGUAACCUGGCUAAACACAAACGUACUCAUACAGGAGAAAAGCCAUAUCACUGUGAUAUCUGUGGUCUGUCAUUCUCUGGUGACUUGACUAAGCACAAACGUACUCAUACAGGAGAAAAACCAUAUCACUGUGAUAUCUGUGGUAAAUCAUUCUCCAAAUCUGGUUAUUUGAUUAUACACAAGCGUACUCAUACAGGAGAAAAACCAUACCACUGUGAUAUCUGUGGUAAAUCAUUUUCUCAAACUAGUAAUUUAAGUCAACACAAACGUACUCAUACAGGAGAAAAGCCACAUCAAUGUGAUAUCUGUGGUAAAUCAUUCUCUCAAAGUAGUGAUUUAACUAAACAUGAAGUUGUUCACAUAUAACAGUAACUGCAUUCUAUAUACACAGAUAUUACUAAUCCCCUACAACAGAAAGAAUAAAUUUUCAAGUUUUAUUUCUAUUUUAUUGACUACUAGCAGAGAUACCCGGCGUUGCCAGUAUUACAUGCAAUUGAAGAAUGAGAAUUUUCUAUAAUAUUUUCUGUAAGGAACUGGAAUACAUUUGAUUUGAAUUUCAUGAAAAUUGUACAUGAGGGUUCUUUCCCUCUCUACACACCCUAAAAAAAUUCUAAUCAUGAGACACGUAUCCCAUACUAUUGAUACUAUGAAUUUUCAUGGGAGUUAUGGCCGUUAUGCAUAGAAUAUAAUUUCCAAAUUUCAUAAAGAUCCAUUCAGUACUUUUGACGUAGUUUUGGAUAAGAAAACAAAUGACUAAUGUGUGAUGGGUGUAUAUAUGUAUAGAUAUCUGUAUGCAUGUAUAUGUGUACAUAUUACAUGUACAUCUAUAUAUAUACAUCUACACAUUUGUAUGCAUAUAGAUCUAUAUCUAUACAUAUACGUGUACAUAUACAUCUAUAUGUAUACAUAUACAUCUCUCUCUAUAUAUAUAAGUAUAUAUACACCAUUAAAGUGAAAGUAUCUGUCAAUACAGUAUCGAAAUGUGAUUGUUUCAGUUAGUGGAAUAGUUUCAUUUUUAAAGUGAAAGUAUUUGACAUGAGUGUUUUUGUUUCACUUUUGACACGUAAUACUUAAAUAAUGGGAGAGAUAUUGUUGCUGUGGGCUUGAACUAUGCAAGAAGUUAAAAAUUUUUUUUAACUAAAACACAACCGGGACCCUAAGUAAGGCAUGUGUAAAAUUUGAAUGAAAUUGGUUGUGUAGUUCUCGAGUUUUAGGGAUUCACACAGACAGAUAGACAGACACACAUUCUCAUUUUUAUAUAUAUAUAGAUUGCAGUCUUCAGGAUGUUUUUGCAUUUUAUAUGUUCCAGUUGAUCCGAUCAACGGAACAGCCUGCUCGUGAAAUGAACGUGUAAGUGGCUGAGCACUCCACAGACACGUGUACCCUCAACGUAGUUCUCAGGGAUAUUCAGCGUGACACAGUGUGACAAGGCUGACCCUUUGAAUUACAGGCACAACAGAAACAGGAAGUAAGAGUGAGAGAAAGUUGUGACGGAAGAGUACAGCAGGGUUUGCCACCAUCCCCUGCCGGAGCCUCGUGGAGCUUUAGGUGAUUUCGCUCAAUAAACACUCACAAGGCCCUGUCUGGGAAUCGAAACCGCGAUCCUAUGACUGCAAGUCUGCUGCCCUAAAUAAUCAUACACAAACACACAUACACUCGCUCAGAUAUAUAAAUAUAUUUUAGACAAAUACACAUACACAAAUAUUCACAUUCCUCCCCUUUACACACACACACACACACACAUAUACUCACACAGAGUUGAAGCACUGAUUUUUGUUUCACCAUUGACUUUUUACCAUCCCACUUCCAUCAGUGGAUCACCCCUUCCUUUCUCAUUCAUAUAUUGUAUCUGAGAAAUACAGAGUUAUUAUAGUAGAAGAUACCUGAUGCUCUUCUUACCACUUCCUCUCUCUCAUUGCUAAUACUUUCUCUCACUCCUUCUCAGUCAUGGCUAUUACUCUCACUACUUCUCCUUGACUGAAUUACUAUUUCUUCUCCUCUCCCCUCACCAUUUACUCCUACUCCAUGAUUUUGGAGAAAUAUAUAUAUAUAUAUAUAUAUAUAUAAUAAUAAUAAUAAUAUUAGGGACAAAAUCCAAAAUUACAGGUAAAAACUCAAUUAAAAUCAAUUUAUAAAAAAUUAAAAUUAAAUUGAGCUUUAUAGAUAAAAUAUAUAUAUA